GAUUGUAUUUCACCUCGUCUAUUUUCAUUCCAACCAAACAGUGAAGAAUCUAUCCCUAUUACUUGCCACAUUUUCCUCCUUUCGCCAAUCAACGACGAACUAAUGAAAGGAAGAGGAACAGAAGGGCGGAGCUCUCCAGCGCCACCAGGGAUUCCACCGUCGCUUCCGGGGCCAGGCACUGUUGGAUAUACGCUGCCACCGGCCCGAUUGUUCAAUGAGGACAUACUGUUCUGCAUCGACAUCGGCCCAGAAACAAUGGUGGAGAUGAAGGUGGCGGCGGGACCUAAUGGUCGACCCUUCACGAGACUGGAGUCCAUAAAGCAGGCCAUACUUCUAUUUAUCAACGCUAAGCUCACUAUUAACCCCGAUCACCGCUUUGCCUCCGCAGCCCUGACUAAAACGUUUUCCUGGCUCCGAAAAGAGUUCAGCAGUGAAGUUGACUCUGCAACUGCUGCAUUGCGAGGAAUCACUGUAGAUUCAUCUUCCAGUCAUGCAGAUCUCACUCAACUACUCAGAGUAGCAGCUCAUGAAGCUAAAAAAUCUCGUGCACAAAGUCGGAUCUUCCGGGUGGUGAGUGAUCAACUUACUAUAGCGCAUUCCUUACAUAAUCCUAUUACUCUGCAUCAACGUGUUUAUUUAUUUAUUUAUUAUUAUUUUUUAAACAAUUUUGUGUUCUUAUGUUGUUUUGGAAUGACGAAGUUACUGCUAUUUUGUUGUUAGUUCAUCGCAUGCAGCUUUGGAAUAUUUCAUUCUACCCCUACUUGUCUAACUCUGAUUGUAGUAUCUUAAUGCAACGGCUUUGUUGAUAAGUAUCGUUCUUUUCCUAUUUUAGCAGUACAUUUGUCCAAAGGUUGAUGCAAGGAAAAAAAAUUGCUGCCAUGUGAAC